AUGUCGUCCAUUGUGCAGCCCGCCUCUGCCUUCCUCGCAUUACCAGCUGAAUUGCGCAAUAUCAUCUAUGCGCUCAUACUUAUCGCGCCUUCACACGUAGUUCAGUCACGUCGCAUAGCAACAAGAGGGCUGUGCUCAGACUACGUCCUCCCACCUCUCAAACUCAGUCCAGCGAUUCUGCGAACAUGUCGGCAAAUCCAUGAUGAGGCGGCUAGCAUCCUGUAUGGCGCCAACCAAUUUGCGUCACAUCCAUCGUUACUCACUGCACUGCCGUACCUGAUGAGCCCACGGCAGCCCAUUACAGAAGGGCCAGGCAGAUGGAAGAUCAAGCGUUGGUACAUCUAUUUGCGUCUCGACGUGGAUCCAAGAUUCACUGCAAAGCAGUUGGAACACGCCUUUUCUGAUGUUGAAGAGCUGGAAAUUGAAUACUUCCAACCAGCAUACGGCUACGGCGAUGACAGCACUCUGAAGAUGUUCGAGGGCAUUCGUGGUGUUGGCACAGCAAAAGUCGUUGGCGGCAGCGGUUGCGACGCAGAGUACGCAAGAUCGUUGGAAAGGAUGCUUAUGAGUCCCAAAGAUGCUGUUUGUCCAUCCUGA